UGCGCGCGGCGCCCCCGUGUCUCUGUCGGGUGGGUGGGGGUGCGUGUGCGCGGCGCUGACGGGAGCGGCGGCGGAGCCGCUCUCCCCGGCGUGGAUGCAGCAGAUCCUCGUGUGGAGGAUCGCUGUGGGGCUGGGGCUGGCAGGACGCGUUCCGGCUGAGCGGCCCGGGGGUCCCCCCUGUGCCCCGCACGCAGCGCGGGAGCUGCCCGGCCUGGAGGCGCGGGGCCGAGCUCCGCAGCCGCAGUGCUGGUUCUGCACAGAGCCCCGGGACCACGAAACCGUGAGCGUUUGUGGCCGGUUCCUGCAGCGAGCUGGAGCGCCUGGAAGCUCUUCUGGCUUAAAUGCGGGCCAAGAUGGAUUGCUGGAGUGGCCGGGAAUGCUCCGAGCGCAGAAAUGACACAGAUCACAGCUAGGAAAUACCUGAGAUUGCCAAUGAGGAGAGACACUUUCUAGAGGCUGCCCAUUUCACACAGAAUGUCUGCCCUUCCUGUAAUUGUGUAGAUCAGAACACUGGGCAGCACUGGGACAGAGGAGCCAGCAAUGAACUACAAAGAGAACACUGGCUAAAAGUAUUUAUUACAAAGGUGCCACCAACAGUAAUCCUGCUUGUGGUUCGAGAGACUGGAAGUAGUUGUUGCUGCUACCCAGCAGGAGGAAGGAAGUCAUAAGAAGAUCUAUAGCAGGACAAGUUCUGAGGUCUUUGAAAAGCAUGAGCUGCCAGACCUAUGUAAACAGCCAGCAGAUCUAUCCCAGCCUAAGUGUGGAUAAGAAUGGAAGCUCUGAUCAAAACUUCUGUCAGUGAUUUCUGACCCCGAGUAGCGGACUUCAGUGAGCUUGCCAAGGAGCUCAUCACAUUAAUUAGUUUCUGGAAUGGGCGGAAACUUCCAGAGGGGAAGGUGAUCGUUCGAUGCAACCUCUAAAUGUGCCUGUGAAUUUGAAUGAUAGAAAAUGAGGAAAAAGAACAGCCCAGGUGUCACACUGACUGUCUUAUGCGUUGACUCAUAGAAGUUUUACUUCACUCUUCCUAAUAUAAAUACCAGUGGCUCCCAAGGGACGAUGGCAGGAAGGGGAAGUUGUUGCAUAGUGGAGAUUCUGUCAAGUGGAGAAUGACAGAAAAACCUGGACUCCCACAGAGCUGACGUGGACUCUGCAGUGGACUGGUGUCCUACCACUACUGCCUCUGCGUAUCAUGAAGACAUGCUCAUGGGGAGGCAGUGCUUUGAAUGCUGUAAGACACCCUGCUCGCAGAAGUGAACUGGGGACUACACGUUGCCUCUUUGAGAAUUAAUUUUAAAUAAGAGUACAACACAAAGAAAUGCAAAAGCCACGAGUCAUUUAAUGAUCAGUUCUCACAGUUUUUCUCAUAUGCUUCCCCUGGAAUCAUGGAUGAAUACAACCGCUUUGUGGAUUGGGACAAAAUGGAUGUUACUGUCCAGAGCCAGGAUAUAAAGGAACUGACCUGCACGGAGUUCCAGGAGCUAAAGCAGCUGGCCCGGCAAGGCUACUGGGCCAAGAGCCACUCACUGAGAGCCAAAGUGUACCACAAGCUGAUUAGCAAUAUCCCAUGUCGCACAGUGACCCCAGAUGCAAACGUUUACCGGGACAUUGUGGUGAAGAUAGUUGGAAAACGUAACAGUAGCUCCCUUCCACUGCCAGAGUUUGUGGACGACAGCCUCGUCCCCACGUACUGCUUGAACGCAGAAGGCAUUGGGGCAGUUAGGAAGAUUAUAUUGUGCAUUGCAAAUCAGUUCCCAGACAUAUCAUUCUGCCCUGCACUGCCUUCUGUGAUAGCCUUGCUCCUCCACUACAGCAGGGACGAGGCGGAGUGCUUCGAACAGGUUUGUCGCAUCCUUGCUUGCAACGACCCGUCGAAGCGGCUCAUCGAUCAGACAUUCCUAGCUUUUGAGUCCUCCUGCAUGACCUUUGGGGACCUGGUUAACAAGUACUGCCAGGCAGCACACAAGCUGAUGGUGGCAGUGUCUGAGGACGUGCUGGAGGUGUACUCUGACUGGCAGCGGUGGCUCUUUGGAGAGCUGCCCAUGGUUUACAUUGCUCGGGUCUUUGACGUGUUUCUGGUGGAGGGCUACAAAGUUCUCUAUCGUGUUGCGCUGGCUAUCCUGAAGUUUUUUCACAAAGUCAGAGCUGGGCAGCCCAUGGAGUCUGACAGCGUGCAGCAGGAUAUUCGAGCUUUUGUGAGAGACAUUGCUAAGUCGGUGUCUCCAGAGAGGCUUCUGGAAAAAGCCUUUGCUAUCCGCCUCUUCUCACGGAAGGAGAUCCAGCUGCUGCAGAUGGCCAAUGAGAAAGCUUUACAGCAGAAGGGCAUCACGGUCAAACAGAAAAGUGUUACAGCUCCAAAAAGGCAGAAUGUGCACUUGGCCGUCCACGCGGAGAACUUCAAGUCUGAAAUUGUCAGUGUGAAAGAGAUGCGAGAUAUCUGGUCGUGGAUCCCGGAGCGCUUUGCACUUUGCCAACCCCUCUUGCUCUUCACCACCUUGGAACACGGCUGCAGUCUGAGCAGGUUCUAUUCUCACAGUGAGGGACAUGAGCCAACUCUUCUUCUCAUCAAGACCACAGCAAAAGAGGUCUGCGGUGCUUACCUGUCAACCGACUGGAGCGAGCGCAGGCGAGGCGGGAACAAGCUGAGUUUCUUUGGAACUGGGGAGUGCUUUGUGUUUAGGCUGCAACCAGAAGUGGAACGCUACGAGUGGGUGAUCAUAAAACACCCAGAAUUGGCCGCAAGUGGCUCCGAGCCAGGAAACCAUGCCUCGCCAGCCUCCAACAGCCUUUCCUUUGGAAGCCCUCCCUCAGACCCAUCCGAUCGCCUUUCUCCCUUCCUAUCAGCUCGGCACUUCAACUUACCUUCCAAAACAGCUUCCAUGUUCAUGGCUGGCAGCAGUGAAUGCAUCAUUGUAGGAGGCGGUGAUGGCCAGGCUCUUUACCUCGAUGCAGACCUGAACCAUGGAAGAACCAGCCACUGCAACACUUUCAAUAAUCAACCGUUGUGUUCCGAAAGCUUCCAGAUCUCUGUCUUGGAGGUGUGGGGCUUCAGGGACACCAUGAAUGGCUGACAUGGCUGUCAUUAUUCAUGUAGAUUUUCAGUUGUCGUAGGUUUCUCAAGGCAAAUUGUAAUGCAGGAGCCAAGUUAGAACACAAUUCCCACUGGACUCAGUGUUCCUUAAUAUUUACGGAGCAGUGCACUUGAUGCAGGACUUAGUUGUUUACUCUUAUUUAAGACAGGUGAAAGUGAUGUACCCUAUUAACUCCUUAGCUCAGUACCUCUAGAGACCUGAUCUGGCUGGAUUCAGGUGUUGAUAGUCAGUGGAAGUGAAAACUGAAUGUUAUUUCAAACAAUCCGAAAUGUAUCCAAGUCUGUAUCAGAGGACAGUUUUGCAGCUCAGCGCAGUUCCUCAGAGACGCUGAGCUGGCUGAGCCAGAAAUAUCCAAUGUCCACUUACAGCAACACUGGAGACCUCAGAUUCAACAUAGGGCAGUAGUUCAUAAAACCAUUGCCCUAAUGUAAACAGAUAUUGUGCAGACAAAUCAUGAGUACCACUGAUGUACCAUCAGUACAGUUUUAGGAGUAAGUUACAAAGGAACCGCGACUGCUAGUUCCCCUUCUGCUUGUACCUGAGUCCUUGACACAUUCCAUUGCAUCUCUCUGGGGAGGCUGCCUCUGAAGAGGGCGUCCAGACUGGACAGGGAUAUCUCAGAGGCUUGAUUUUGUUUACAUUCCUAUUCCAUAUCAGUAUAAUAGCUUCAGGCUGAAUCAAGUUUCAGGCAGCUGAAAGCACAAGGUGAUAUACAGUUCUUAGACACAUUUCUUUGUCUUUCUUGGAAGCUGAAAUGAAACAUUAAAUGUAUGAAUAACCGUGCAGAUAUCACUAAAUGUUUAGGGAGUUAGGCACUGCCAUACAGAAGCUUAAUGCGUCCUCCUCAAGUAAAUGGAGGAAUGUGGGAGGGGAAUCUUCUGUGCAGCAUUACCCUGGGAGUGAAUAAGUUUCCCAGGAGAGCUCUAGGUGACACUUGCUCCAUAUCAUGAGUCUUCCCACUGAUGAGAUUCUGAAAAAGGUAACGCUCUCUCGCCAGCUGCGUUCAAGUAGUUUGCAUGGUGCAAGGAGGUUUUGGCUUGUUCCUGAGAAUUCAUGCCGUUCUCUCCUGCAGGCAUGCCUCCCGCUCUGUGCUGUCUGGAGGCAGCUGCUGGGAGUCUUUAUCUGAAACUUGCUGUAUGUGCUGUAGAGCUUCUCCUGCGAGGCACAAGUGCGUAAACAUCAGUGGAUAGUGCACAGCACACUUUGCUCUCAGAGCUUCUGUGGGUGACUCACUAGGAAUAUGAUUUACCGCUACCGGUGAAAUGAGGGGAAAGAAGAAAGUGCUGGUCUUUUUUGGCUGUUCAAUCUAACAUCUCUAGUGAGGAAAACAUGAUUACUACUUAAACUUGAAGUCCAUAAAGGGUAAAAGUAAAAAUGUACAGUGAUAAAAUAUCAGUUGGGGUCAUGUUAAUAUUCCGAGGUCACGGGUCAGUCAGGUUGGUAAUGUUGGCUUGUACGGCUUGCUAGCAAAGGAAAUACCAUGUGUCUUUGCUUCUUGCAAAGUAGAUGAGCAAACUUGGCAAAAAAUGUGAGUUCCUUUGGAAGGUGCCAUUUUGAUUUUAUUUUUUCUCAAAAUAACUCCUUGAAAUACUCAAUUACAUAUACAAAUUUCAGGUGUCAUAUAUUUUCAAUUACGUUAUUUCACAUACUGCUUGCUCUUUUCAUAGGUUUACUGUGAGCUUGAUUGCACUGGAAGGGUUGAUAUUAAUGAAGAUAUUAAUGGGAAGGAUCUUGACAAUCAUAUCUGGUUUUGAUGAACACUGGCUCAUGCCAUUUUUUCAGCCAGCAGUAUCAUGUUGCACUUGGUAGCGUCCCAUCAUCUUCCUGUGACAAAUUAGCUGGAAAAUAUACCUCAUUUAAUAGGAUCUCUUAAACAGAGGUGGGAUUUCUUAACGUUGUCCAUAUCUCCUCCCUUUUGAGCUCUUCUUUGAAGUGCCCUUGCAAGACAAUAACAUUGAUUUUCAGCUUUGUUAAGCUGUCAGAAAUUCCCUGGAGCUGCGUGUUGGCAGGGUUUGUGGGACUUCAGUAUCGCACUCAAAACAGUGAGUAGCUUUUUCUGUUCAGAAUUGUUCGUGCAGCUGCUGGUGGUGACUUUUGUUUCUUUCCACCCACAAUGGAUGUAACUGUGUCAGUGAAACCUGAGUACUGUACCACUUCGUAAGCCAUAUCUACAGACCCUGUUCCUUUCCCUGUUCUGUUGCUAGUACACAGAGAUGUGGCUUUCUGAUCAAAAGUUUCUCACAGUCGGUCAGAGUUUUGUCAUAGCACUUUGGUGUGAGAGCUCGAGGAGUGGCACUGAGCUUCAGGUGUCUGAGUCUCGAGCCCUUUCCAUAAGUCAGUUGCAGGCCUCGGCCCAGGUGCCCUUGUGUCACAUGAGGGCAGCUUCUGGUCCCUCUGGUGAAGGUGCACAAGAGCCCCCUCUUGGGUAACUUAUCUGGAUGGCCAACCAGUCUUUGGUGUGGGACUCAAGGGAAGUCUCCCUCAAGGACCACAUGACACUGGGUGACAGCUUUGCAGCUGGGAGGGGUGGGCUCAGAGCACACCCUACCCCAGCACAACUCGAGCUGCGGCCUGUACAGGCCUGCAGAUAACAGCAAGGAGUGGGUGCCAUUUCAGGCAGGUGAUCUUCCUUCUGUUUGUUACUCCUGUCAAUCUUAAGAGAUGUGUUGCAGCAGUGGUUUUACUGUUGUAGCAUUCUCCUCUUGCAGACAUCCUGCAAUGCUGGUGUUGUCUUUGAACAGCCUAAAGAAGCAAGAGGCUGUAGUAGUCUAACAAGCAAGAUACAUUAUACAAAGCUGUGUCAUCUUCGCACACUCCUUUGGUUCAGUAAAAAUUAAUGUUUCUUCUCAAGUGCAAAUCCUCGUGUAGUUGUCAUUACGGUUGUGAGACAUCCUAGAGAAGCAGUGUUGUGAGUUGGCUUUCUUUGCAGUAGCAGAGAGGCUUUUUUUUGUCCCCGUAGGUAAUGGUUGUCGCUGACCAAGUGUAUAUCAGCAGUCCAAGUAAUGAAGCCAACAGUUGAUGUGUUAACAUGCAGGACCCUCGAGAUAGGCCGCGAACAAACCGCUCUUUAAGAGAACGGGUACAGUGGGCACCUUGCCAGAAGGUCAAAGCUAUCUGAAGUACCCCAGCUGCAAAGUGGGUUGGAUUCCAUUGCAGCUGACUCAGUGUGCUCUCAGCGUGCCCUCCCACUUGUUCGUAGUCCUGCUGGUUUCAGUGACAGAAGAGUGCGGGUGUCACUGCGGGAACUGUUUGAUGUGAAGCUGCAGAGCUGAAGGCUGAGCAUCAGCUGCCACAGUUCUACAGGAGCAAUCUGCCUUCCUGAGGAGCUGGUUUUGUUUUGUAAUACUCUAUUGGAGGCAGAAAAAAAA